AUGAAUACAACGGCUGCCAAUUCUUCCCUGGGUUUCAUCCAGAGUUUCACAUAUCUCCAAUGGCUGGCGUCCUUUUCCUGUCUAACCUCUCUUACCGGCAAUUUAACGCUACUGUACCUGUACUACCGCACCCGCAGCAUUAUAACACCCUUCAGCGUCGCCGUGAUCAACCUGUUGAUAUCCAACGUAAUCAGCGCCAUUUUCCAGCAGAACCCUUUUCUUCUGGGAGUGAAGAACCUGCUGUUGCCCAGUUACUGGCCGAAAUUCUGCACGUUCUUUCGGUUUGUGUCAACGGCCACCGGCCCGUUAAUUCCCGUGGCACAUAUGCUGAUCACGCUGAACCGGGUGUGCGCCAUAACGUGGCCCGUCUUCUAUCGUGCGCAGCACACCAAGAAAAUGGCCGUGCUGACUUGUCUGGGUAGCUGGAUUGUCGUGCAGUUGUAUGCCGUCCCGGCUAUCACCGUUGACGCUUUUCUGUAUCUGGAUCGCAUGGACAACAUCUACUGCACCUUUCGCGAUCCCACGCCGGUACAGACACAGUGGUUGCCGGCUUACAACUGGCUGUUCUAUGUUCUGCCAGAAAUGGCCGUCGCAGCAGCGUACCCGUAUUUCCUCUUCAAGAGACGCACACUCAAAACUUCGCCGAUGAACGCCAAUCCAGACUCCCAUCCGGUCCACACCAUAUCAAGCCAUAUAGGCUCGACACCGUCAUCAAAACAGGCAGCAGGAAAGCGUCCUUCCAUUCCCAUCACGCUACUCUCGCUGAUGACCUUUAGUAUUGUGAUCUGCUGGACGCCGAUGAACCUGUAUUUCCUUGCCGCACCGUACCUGAAUAGUAUGGCGUUCCUGCAGGUCUGCCGGAUGUUGAAGCUCAUCCAUAUGACGAUCGACCCCGUGAUAUUUGGAGCGGCAGUGCCGGAGCUGCGAACGCAGGCUCGCCAACCGUAUCGCUCGAUACGGACCUUCCAGAAGGCCCUGGAUGAAGUAUCAUGGGAAAAUUUUGCUUGGAUUAAGGAACAGCUGCCUCAAGAUCAGUUUUAA